CUCACCUCUCCUCUCCACCUCCCUCCCCCCUUCUCCCCUCCCUCUACCCCUCCUACCGCCCCUUGAUCAAUCUUACCCUAGUUUACUUCAGUCAGCGUGGUCGUCUGCUGUGGGGAGAGAAUCGCCCCUGAGAGGAACUGCUGUCAAUCAUGAUUAGCACACAAACUGAGAGGAGGAGGAGGAGGAGGAGGCUUUAUUGUGCGGAGCAAAGCCAUGGUGCUGCAAGCCACGGAGAGGUCGCGAGCUCGAUUCUCUGCCGCUGCGCGAUUCUCCUCUCUUGCUGCUUCUUUCUCGCGCAGCCCGGUCUCGUCUCUGGCAACGGCUUUUCUUGUCGGGACAGAAGUCUCUGCCGAACUUUCACUGACUGUUCCCGUCGCGAUGCGCUCUUCCGCUCCGGCCAUCUCUGUCACGGCUUCCCUAGUUAUAACGGCGGCCCGCCUAUCACGCGUUUCCACUGGGACUACGAGACAGAGACCUACGGAUGCGUGAAGACUAACGGAACGGUGUGCGUGCACUGGACGACCAAGGAGCAAUCUCCAGGGGAGAUCCAGGUGGGGUCCUGCCAGUGCAAGGAGAUGGGCCAUGAGCAUUGCACGUCCUGGGCCUGUCUGCAGGAUGAGGCGGACCUCUGUGGUUUUCACGAUAAGAUCGACUGCGGCUCCCCAGUGAUUCUCGCCAAUGGAACGCAGGUCACAACGUAUACCAACAGCGAUGGUUACUUGGUCACAACGUAUCGCGAUAUACAGAAGGAAUGGACCUCGUGCACUUGCAAGAAGACCGUGCAGCAGCUCUCCUCCGCCUCCGACUCCGAUUCCGCCGGCGGCUCUUCGGACUCUCAAAAGGCGAUGGCCGAGUUCGGCGUCUCUUCGGACUUUCGAAAGGCGAAGACAAACUACUGUGUAGAAUGGCAUUGCUCAGAGCGUGACAUCACCAGCACCGAGGAAGAAGACUAUGUCUGUACGGGGUUUGCAGAGACCUAUUGCAGCAGUUGGGAGGGGAGCAUAGAAGGGACGGAGGAGUUCGAGGUGUCCAGGUGCGAGUGCAGCUUCGUCAACAAGACGGAAGAGGGCCACGUGUACUGCGCCACGUGGGUUUGCUACGAGAGAGGGCUUGCUUAUCACGAUCCCAACCUUGCCUGGUCGGCCUUUGGCAUCAUCAUGGCCAGUCCUCUAUUCUUUGGCAGUCUCCUUCUGCUCACGCAUGAGGAUCGGCAUCGCGCUUGGUGGCUGCUCAUCACUUUGCCGCCUUGGGCUGGGUUUAUGUUCGUCACCACCUUCAUGGGGGGAGUUGGAGCUCUGUUAAUUACCCUAGCUUUUCAGUUGGGACUGCCUGUGUUGAUGUGCAUGGGCUACAAAGCCAGGCAAGAUUGCGUCAAAUUACCCACAGUGACUCAUAAAUAGUGACCAUUUAUUCAAUUUUUUAGUAUAAUGUACUGCUGUUGCUGCUGUUUCCCCCCCCCCCCUUUUCCUAAGACUCUGGGACUAACAGUCAUUAAAGGA